AGCUGUUUACAUAAGUUAAUAUAUAGAUUGUUAAUUCUUUCUAUUAUUAAUGUUUGCUUCUUGCUUGUAGAAUUGAGGUAGUUGAAUAGACUAGUAUUUGGGAGACAAAAGAGGGUUAUUAUUUAAGUCAUAAUAAUUGUUUAGUUUGUAACUUGUAUUGAUUUUAGGUUGACCAAAGUGUUCCAAAUAAAGGCCUACUGUAGCUAAUAAAUGUUCCCAUAAAUGCAGACAGUGACGUGACCUUUUCAUAUUUAACUUUUCAAUGCUGCAGUGAUUCCAUACCAAGUAAUUGACUACUCUCCAAGAGAAUUAAGUUAAGAGCUAUCAUGGCAGCGGAAUCACAGCCGGUGCUAGUUCAAGCUGUUUACUCGUUCAAGGGUAAAAACAACGAUGAGUUAUGUUUCAAGAAAGGAGACAUAAUAACAGUCACCCAGAUGGAGGAAGGGGGAUGGUGGGAGGGUACUUUCGGUGAGAAAACCGGUUGGUUUCCCUCCAAUUAUGUGAAAGAAUACCGGACUCAAAACAGCCUCAGCCCAGUGGCACCUACACCUCUUGACCUUGUUGCACAGCAGAAGGUCUACCGCAGCGUAGUGCUGAAGGACCUCAUUGACUCUGAAAGAGCUCAUGUAACCGAACUCCAGGGCCUCAUGAAGAACUUUCUUCGACCCUUGGAAAAUGCAGAAAUUAUGAAGACCAGCGAGUACCAGCAGCUGAUCGGCAACCUGCCGGAAGUGGUGGAGGUGCACGAAACUCUGUUGGCAUCACUGGAGGAGAUAGCAAACAAGGCAGCGGCCGAGCAGAGAGUUGGCAACCUGUUCCUGACCACUGCUCCCAGACUGAAGCAGGUCCACAUGACCUAUUGUUCCUCACAUCCACGUGCCGUCUGCAUACUUGACAGAUACAAGCAGGAGUUAAGUACCUUGAUGGAGGCUAACGGAGCAGCCAGUCCAGGGCUUCUGGUGUUGACGACAGGGCUCAGCAAGCCAUUUCGCCGACUGGACAAGUAUGCUGGAAUGCUCACAGAGAUGGAACGCCACGUGGAGGAGGCUCACAUUGACCGCGGGGACACCCAGAGGUCUGUCAGUGUCUACAAGGAUAUUGCUUCUGCUUGCUGCGUGAUGAGGCGACAGAAAGAGAUGGAGCUAGAAGUGGUGAGUGGAGGCGUGCGGGGAUGGGAGGGUGAGGACCUGACCCACCUAGGCGAUAUUCUGCACAUGGGCUCAGUAGCAGUGGGGCCAGACCAUAGAGAUCGCUACUUGGUCCUGUUUCCCACAACCCUGCUAAUGUUGAGCGUUAGUCAGCGUAUGAGUGCAUUUAUCUAUGAGGGAAAGUUGCCUCUAACUGGCAUCAGUAUUAAUAAGUUAGAAGACACAGAGAGUCACAAAAAUGCCUUUGAAAUUGCAGGUCCUAUGAUAGAGAGAAUCGUGGCUAUCUGCCAGACGAAGGAAGACCAGCAGAUGUGGGUGGACACAAUCCGACAACAGAUACGCAGUGUGCGAGUGUCAUCUCCCUCCCCCACCGUUCGACCUCAGCCUCCUCCACACAACUCCAUGGUGAGCGGAAGUAACAUCAACCGGCCGUGGAGUGUGUCCUGUCUCCGCCCUUCCCCUCCCUUGCGUUUUAGAGAUGACAAGUCUAGCCGCAAUUUUAAGAAAACUAGCGAAAGAGGGUUUGAUGAAGACGCCCAGAUCCUUCGUGUGAUUGAAGCAUAUUGUACUUCUGCCAAGACUAGAUACACUGUCAAUUCAGUGCUGAACCCUGUAUCGCCUCCGCACCUCUUCAACUCCAUGCAUCGUGUGCAGACCUGGUUCAUGGAGUGAUACUCUUGUCUUCCGCUUUAUUGUCUUGCCUCCGCUGUACUCUGUACUAGACAGUAGGCGCUUACAACUGUACGUAGUAGUAACUACUUUCAGAUAGAACUUUCUCCCAUGCGUUAAGUUUUGGUGGCUGUAAACAGUCUGUUUUACAUAAUCGUAAAAAUUGUAAAACACUAUUUUUACUUCAUCAUAAUGAUAUUUGUUACUCCAAAGAUGCAUUUUGCAAGAAACAGCCGUUAAAUAACUCCCUGCUGUUAAAAAAUUGUUAAAAAUUUGAAAUCAGUAAUUUAAAAAUAAUAUAACAUAAAAGUUUUUUAUUAAAAUUUAAUAAAAACAAUGCUUGGGUUAGUACAUUUUAAAAUUUUUUCUUAUUAUAAAACCGAUCACAUAAAUAUUGUAAUGUAAAUUUUAUAAGAACUAAACAUAUCAGUAGAAAUAUGUUUAUUGUAUCGAAUUUUACUGUCAUAGGGAAAAUCGUUAGUAUACAAUUUGUUAGAUGGAAAAUAUCAAACAAUUAAUUGUUACUGUUACAGAACACAAAUUUCACAUUAACACUUUAAAAAGAUUACAUAUAAACAUUCAGUAUUAUCGACACUUAUUAUUGUUUUAAAGUAAAUAUGGAAUGAAAUACCUUUGUUUUAACAUGACAACAUAUAUCCCAUCAGGUACAUGCAACCUUUCAUAACUGUUGUGUACACAUCGAAUACACACCAGGCUUUCGUAAAUGCGUCAUGCGUUUGAUGGGGUACACUUUGUUAUGAAUUUGCUUGUUGAGUUUUUAUUGUUUGCCUGUCUUGGAGGUUUUUGAAAUAUGAGCCCACACUUGAAGAAACACCUCAGACUAUCAUAUACCCCAUCAUGGUGUACUAUUGCUUAAUUUAUUAGGUGCCCUGAGUACAUCAAAAAAAUUGAAAAAGUAGAUUAAAACAAUUUUUUGUGCUUAAUUAUUGUAAAGCUUACAUACUUUUAAGUAGAUAUGGCUAUUUGCCAUUAUUAUUGAAAUAUUUAAAGGCAUAUAAAAGUUUGGAAGUUAGCCUUCGUCGUGAGCUUGAAAGAAUAAUUUUUAUAUCUUUAGAGUUUUUAUUUGGUUUUAUUAUCUUGAAAUUGUAGAUCAAUGUUAUAAAAUCAAUGUAAUUUGCAGCCAAUAGAAAUAUUUAAUUUUUUGUUCUGAGUAAACUAAAUAUUUGUUAUGUAAAUUAUUUAUUUUUAAAUAAAUCACUGAUAUAUUGACAAUAAAGAAAGGGCAUGGUGCACAUAGACACAUAAUUGUUAGUACAUAUAGAUAAAGAACCUGUUUUAUCUAUUUUUUAGUAAUGUAAUUAAUAACUUUGCAAUAGAAAUAUGAACAGUGGACAAUAAAGGGUACAGUGCAUUUAGAUAUAGAAACUGCCUGAUCUAUUGUUUUAGUUAUGCAAUUAUUAAGUAGAAAAAGUAGUCUAACAUACAGGCAGUUGAGAAAGGCUAUGUAUUAUAAAUUGUUCAGAAUAAUUAACAAUAAUAAUUGAUUACAGGCGUGAUCAUUUUUGUCUUCAGGAAGCGAUUUUGCAUUGGAAUCUGUAAACUAAUAUUUAUCUUUUCUGAAGAAUCUACUGCUAAAUUACAUAAAGCCCUAUCCAAAUUUCUCAAGAUCAACAUUAUGAUCUUUCUAAAUUUUAUAAUGGAUUACUCAAAAGUAAAAGUUUUUGGAAACUUGAAAACCAAGAAAUUUUGGUUCAUGUUUUACAAGAUUUAUUGGUAAUAAAGUUUAAACAACUUUCAGUAUGGGGCAGUUAUAAAUAAUCUUCGGACAGUCUACAGGCACGCCUUUCACACUAGUAAUAGAGCACCUCCUUAACAGUUUCAUGAAUAAACAACGCUACAACUAUAAACUAUAAAUAAUCGAUUGCCAUACCAGUAACAAACCGAUAAAUUGGAUAAUCAGUAGACAGUACUCUAGUUUGACCCCAUUGAUGACAAAGGUAACAGAGAGAUAAGACUGCCAACAUUAACUUAUUAGUGCUCAAUAACAUUCUCAGUUCCAGGUGACAAUAACUAAAUACUCUCACUAUAUGUCUAUACUCAUAUGGAACUCAGAGUAUUACUUCCAUCAAUGAUAGAAGAGGUUUAUUAUUGGCAAGUUUAGUUUCUAAUAUUAUGAAAAAAGAAUACACAUGCAUUGUAUGCAUGCUUUGUAUAUCAUUGGAUACCCCCCAACCUUUGUUUUGGCUAAAUAAAUUGAUAUUAUUAUAAACUUAUAUAUUACAGUAACUAUUGUUUAUAUAUAGUGUUCAAAAUGUCAGAUUUUGUCAUUGACAUUAUGUACCUUUGUAAAAAUAAUCAGUAGUUAACAAAACACAAGAUUCAGGAUAGGUACAAUUGGUAAAUCUAAAUAGUAAAAAUCCUACAUUAUGUAAUUGUACAUAAUACUUAUGUGUUAAUUACUAUUCUUGCUAAACUAUGUAAAGUGCCUAUCUUUAGGCAUGUUCUAUCUUUACAUUCAGGCGCAUCAUUAAAUAUUGUUUUACAUAUUUGUACAGACCUGUUCAUACUUAAGAAAAACAUAGAUAAUAUUUUAGCUAUCUUGGAUUUUCUAAAUUCCAGAACGUAAAAAUUGUUUAAAUAUAGCCUUUCCAAAGUGUUAAAAUAUUUGUAAUGGUCUUGUAAGGUUUUCUUUAAUGACUAUUGUAAAUCUAUAUAACCAAAAUUACUAUUGCUCUUUACCCUUUCUAAAAAUGCAAUACAUUCUAAUGAUAAUAAUUCCAGUUGCACAUAUUUGUUGUGACCUUAUGUAACACCAAAAAACAUUUUCUGAAUAUAAAAUAAAUUGACUGCUAAUUUUAGCGUUAACUCUCAAUUUAGCAAACAUUGGGUAUCUGGGUUUUUGGAAUACUGUCUAUGACAUCUAACUUUGAGUCUGAAAUAUAGACAAUGAAGGUUUAAAUUCUUGUGUUAACCUUCAGUACUUUCCAACUCCUAUUCUAUCAACACAUUUCCGUGUUUUGCAGGAUAAGAUCCUUACACAGUUAUAAAUGGGGUAUAUUUUAAUACACCUUGUCUUGACCAUAAUUUUUAAAACCUUUAGUUUUAAGUCUUAACUAAAAGCAUUACAGAAAAAAAUGCAUUAAAAUAGUUACAUGUAAAUUACCAUGGGGGAAAGCAAUGAAGUCUAGUUAGUGAAAGUAGUUCUUGUAUAAAUCAAAACAACUUCAGAAUACUGUUUGUAAAGGUUAAAACAAUUGAGUAGAAUUUUGUCUGCAACCAUUCCACUUAAACCAUUGGUUGCCAAUAAUACCCUUAUAUAAAGAAAAUAAGAAAUUUACAUUCUCCCUGUGCUAAUUUCAAUUGUCCUCCCAAGUUCACUAGGGUGGACUGUUAGUCCUCGUCGUUCAUUUGUACUUGAAGCUCUCAGGAAAUAGUGCGAGGAUAAGAAAUAACACAAAUUUUAAGAAAAUGUUCAUAUAACAUGACUUAAUAUAAAAUCUCCUGAUAUUAAAUGUGUUAUUUUUUCAAUUUCUUGUGGCAUGUCAAGGUAACAUUUGCAGUGUUUAUGAGGCACCAAUUAGCAUAGCAUAAUUUGUCACACUUAUCAAUACCGCUCAUCCUAUGUUGAUCUCUUACAGCUUGACUAGUCUACAACCUCACAUAACAAUCUCUGUAAUGUACAUUCACAAAGUGUGAGACCCUGGAUAAAUUUUUAAGACUUUAAAAUUGCAGUUAAUUCAUCAUAGCUUGUUCUCAUAAGAAGGUAGUGGAAAUAAAAACGUUUCUCAGAAAUUGACAGUUUUAUAUGUUGGUACCAAGCAUAUUUUAUGAGCCUUGACAAAUAUUGAACCCCUUUUUCAUACUUGUUAACUCCCUGACCACCUUUUUGUAUUAAAUUUGAUGUCCUGUUUGUUUUUAAUUUCACAGACCACUAAAAUUUUGCACCCUCAAGGAAAUAAAUUAGGCUCCUGUUAAGCACAUUAUAAAUUGUUACCAACCAUUUAUAGAAAUCUUGAUUGCUUUGGGUGAUCCAGUAACUUGCUGUUGAUGUAUGACUUUCUAUCUCAAGCCCAAAACUGUAGCCAAUGAAAGGAGUCUUUCAAGACCCAUUAUGCUGUGUUAACAGCUUUCUGUUUGCAAAAACCGUAUAAAAUUACAAGGGGAAUUAUUGUUCUUUCAAGAAAAUUAGUUAUAGCAGCCAUACGAAGCCACAGUCAAGCUGUAACUAAUCAGUAGUUAGUACUCUGAACUCUGCCACAUGUAAUUUUGAUUGACUUCCAGUUUUCUGGUUUGCUCUGCAUCAAAUUGUUGUUGAAAUAUAAUUGUUGUUAGAUGAAAAAAACAUCAAAUUUGGAAAACUAUUUCUUGUAUUGUUUUUCUAUUGGUCCUAAUAAACAAGAAACUUGCAAUAGAAGUAGUUCAUUCCUGACGUAUAUAUAACAAAAGAUAUUUUUUUAUACAAUUCUAUUGAGAUAAAAAACGAGUCAACAUUACAUAAAAAAAUUUUUAAAGCUCUGUAUGACCAGAGUAAACUAAGGUUUUCUUAGACCCACAAAAAGGAGUUGACAUAACGAAAAGUAAACCUAAGAAAACCUAUGGAGUUGGUCAAUUUAAAUAAUUUCACCUGAAAAAAACAAAUAACAGAUUUUUUUGAGUUUGGCGUUUGUCACAAUAUAGAUAUAGUAUUUACUAUUUUUGCAGGCCUAUAAUUUUAUGCUACAAUAUGCUAACUUUAUGUAAAACACAUGGGUAAUAUAAAUAAAUAGGUAAACACUUGUAUAAAAUAUAAACAUAUAUAUCUUUAUUUACCUAGAUUUUAUAAUUUGUUCACUAUAUCAACAUUGAAGUGCACUUUUUCAUUCAAUUGCCUUGUCCUGAAAAGUGAGAAUUUUAUUUUUUUAGACUAAAUUUAAUAUUUUUCCCACAUUGUUUAUGAAACAGUUAUUUGUAAAAUAUUUAAUUUAAAAAAGUGAAUGUUAAAUGAGAUUUAGUUGCACCAGUGUAAUCAGAACUUAAUUUGUAGUUGACAGUAUUGCCUUAAAGAAAUAUUAUUAACUUCUCCAACAACAACCAAAAUCUAAUGACGCUUUCUACUUUUUCAAAAUCAUAAAAAAACAGUUUUUAAAUUUUUGUUGUAUAAUAAAAAUUAUAUUUUUUUAUUAUGUACUACUCCAAGGAAAAAUGUUUUAAAACUUUACUAUUAGUACAAAGACUCACCUUUUUCAGUUGCAAGCCCCCUUAACAUAAUUUGACUGAAGAUGACUUUCCACAGCAAGGCCAAAAUAUCUCAAAAUUUCAAUUUUGUAUUUAAAAUGUUGUGAACCAGAAAACUCAUAGGCGUAGUAAAAAAAGAUAUGUCUUUUACACAUGCCUUUAAAGAUUGAAAAAGUAACAUUUAAUGAUCUACCUCUUAAAAUAUUAUUUUGAAAUGAUUGUAAGCUACAGAUAACUAAUUUACAUAUACAGUACAUUGUGCUACUCAAUGGAUAACCUAUAGUAACUAUGAAAAUAUUUAUCUAAUUAUUUGUUAUUUUCUAGUUUAGUAGAAAUGUUAAGUGGAUUAUUAUUAAUUUAAUAAAAUCUAUAUUGGAUCUAUUAGUUUAUAUUUUUAAGAAUAACUGUAGUCAGGAGAGGAGUUGUUAAUAUGUUUAAUAUAAGUUACCCAUAUUAUUUUUUUCAUUAUAUUUCUUUAGUAUGUGCCUCUUUAUUAAUGGUGCCAAAAUAUAAAGUGCCUUAGUAAAGUUGCCAUUUUUAUAAUAACAUAAUAUUGUUAAAACUUUGUAUUAAAUCUGUCAUUCAUUAUACACCUAAGUUUUCUCAAACCAUACAGAAUUAAUACAGUGUGACAAUUAUAACAUACUUUUAAAUGUGUAAGUAAUGUAAAUUUUUAAAUGUCAAAAAGUUUCUGUUGAGUUGUUUAACAUAUUCAGGGAAGUAUUUUUUUAUGUUCCAUAAAUUUAUUACUAGCAUUAGUUUUUUUAUAUUACUGUUGAUUGCUAUAAAAAUAUAUUAUAUUAUUUUUGUAAUGGAGUUAGAGUAAUUGUUAUGAUGGAGAAAUAUUUUACGUUUAUAUAUUGCAACUUUAUUACAAUAGCAUUAAUUAAAUUAAAGUGGUAAUACAUAUUUAUGCUUUUUUUUAAAUAAAGAGCAUAGUUGCCUUAUUUUAAAUGGUUUACAAUGUUAACUAAAUGUAAUUUAAUAUGAUAUUUAGGAAUUUAUACAAAUUUUAAAAGCGUUUGCAAUAAAAGCCAAGUUAUUUGAAGAGGUAAAAAUAUUUAAAAUGAUACAUUAUGCUAUAAAAACAAACAAUAAAAACAACUGUGUUUGAGUUUUACUUUCUUUUAUGGCAAAUUUUGAUAAUAGAAGGAGAAAGCAAAAUUUUUGUUAAAGAAAGACAUGAAAAGUAUGUGAACUUUUCUUACGGUAUAAAAAGUUAUUUGGAGCUAAUACCUUGUCAAAAUUAAAUAAUGGUUAUAAGAAGAUGUAAGAAAACACUUUAUGGAUUGACAUUAUUAAGUUAUUUAAAUUUGUUAUGCAGUCUUUGUAUAAAAUUUAAUUGCUAGUCCUUUCUUUCCAAAACAAAGUAUAUUGGAUUCGAAACUCAUAACAUUUAUUGCUUUAUUGUUUAAACCAAUGUUAAAAAAGUAUAAGUUUUUGUGGUUUUAAAUGUGCAGUUACUGGCAGAAGCGUUGUCAGAAACUGAAACACUUAAGCCAAAUAUUGAAUGAAGGUAUGUUCAAGUGAUGUUACACUGUAGUCAUUAAUUAUUUAGUGAUCAUAUAUUGUACACUUAUCUUGUUGUUUUAUAUGGCUGUAGUGGAGUCUCAGACCUCUAAAGUAUUAAAUUAAUUAAUAUUAUAAUUAUUCUCCUUGCUCUGGCAAAGUAUUAUUUGUCAAAACAGUUUUUUUUUCUGCUGGAGGGAUGUUAAUUUUGACUGUCUGAACGAUUGCUUAUCUACCUGUCUGUUCGCAUACAAUCUCAGUGAAGCCUAUUAUGUGACACCUGGUGUGGCAUUCACAAUUACACAUAACUUGUUAUUAUUAUUACAGUAUUGAAUAUAGGAUUGGAUUUUUAUUUAUUUUGCUUAAAACCAAUAUUAAUCUUUUGAGUGCCAAAGAGAUCACAUCUUGAAAAUGUAGGAUUUUAUAUCAAAUAAAAUAAUGUAUUAUAAUAAUGUUAAUUAGGGUUUCCACCUGAAAUCCAAAACUACGUUGUUUAGUUGAUUGAAUUAAUUUAUUAUCAUAAUUGAUUGUAUAAAUAAAUAAUUAUUUAUGUAAAAAAUGCUAUGAUGACACCUUGGCAUCACCAGUAAUAACGGUAUUGACAUGUCUCAUGUUGACCAAAUAUUUGCAUUGAAACUGUUGAUAUAGUAUAUACUUGGUAUUCAUACAGUGAUAAAAAUGCUAAAUAUCACAAUUUUAAUACAUUAAAGUACUAUGAGUGCCAUGCUCAUUAAAAAAAUUAUAAUGUGAGAAACUGGUGGACAUCCGAGUCAGCUGAUCAGAACAGCAGCUGAAUUUCUAGUUAUAAACAAAUAACUACAAUACUUCUAAUUAUUAGAGGACUGAUUUCUAGAAAUCAAAAUCAUUUUGGUUUUAUUGAAUAUCUAAAUCAACUUAUUUUACAGCAAUAAGUAAGAUCAUUGUUAAAAAGCAAAAUAUUUAACGGCUUAAAAAUUUCAUGUAAGCAACAUCAUUGUGGCAAAAUCUUUUUUAAAGACCCUUCAAAUCAAACUAAAAUCGGACAAAAAUUUUGAUUUGAUAUUUUGAAACAUUUGUCUUAAGGAUGAAAUUAAUUAUACAUACUCAUUAAAAAAUACUGUUGUUUUGGUUAUUACUGCCCCCAUAUUGCACUACAAGCCACCACCAUAGCUCUCACCAUCUCCCUCUUAAUUUAGCUUGGCCAUCUUUAGAUUUAUUUUACAUGACAGUUACUUCAUAAAACAAUAGGCACACUAGCACAAUCUACAACACAUACAAAACAAGAGCACUGAUUGCAUAAUUAGAACUCAACUGAAAUUAAUCGUGGCAGAUCGGAUACUGUGACACCCAUGACAGAUCUCUAUGAGCCCAGAGUGGACUCCUCACUACUCAGACAACAUAUCCCAGAAGGCCUAGAGUGGGCAACAGCACUCAAAGGGUUAAGAAUCUCAGUUUUUUUUAGCAGCAUCCAGAUUCCAAAUUGUACAUAUCGUUGAAAUGGUACACAGCCCAUUUAAAUUAUAUUUCUUUGUAUUAUUGUAUAGGACAUGUUAUGUUUCAUCUUUGUUUUAUAUCAAAAUGUUAUAGUAGUAAUUCAUAAAAGACUAUAUUACUUACUUGUUAAGUUAUUCGUUGUGUGAUAAUGUGUUACCUAAAUAUGAAAUAUAUAUAUUGUGUAAAAUAAAUAAUAUUUUAUAUGCUUA